AUGACUGAAGAAUUCACUGCUCGUUUUGAGGAGCUUUCGGCUCUUGAGCAUGAAUUCGAAGACGUCGAGGAAGAGAUCAUCCGCCAAGCUGAAGCUCUCCAAAGUUCUCUUUACAAGAAGCGCGCCGAAUUUGUUACAAAAAUCCCACACUUUUGGUCACUUGUCUUCGAGCAAGCGCCUCCCGAGAUCGACAAUUUUAUCCAACCCACCGAUUCCAAGGUUUUCGCAGAGUGCCUCGAGACCUUCGAGGUGUCACGAUUCGAGCUCAACGACCCUAAUGGCUCCCCGCGCAGCUUUUCGCUCAAGUUCGGUUUCAGCGAAAACGAGUACUUCGAAGACAAGGUACUAGAGAAGAAGUUUUGGUUCAGGAAGACGAAGGACUGGCAAGGCCUUGUCUCCGAGCCCGUCAAGAUCAACUGGAAGAAGGACAAGGACCUCACCGGUGGUCUGACAGACGCGGCAUACAAGCUUGGCGAGAUGAGAAAGAAGAUGGCAACCGACACUGCCAAUGGCGCUGCCAGGAAGGAGGAAACCAAGACCAAGGAGUACAAGAACUUAGCAAAGAAGAUUGAAACAGCUACAGAUGCCUCAGUAAGCUUCUUUGGCCUUUUCUCUUUCGUAUCAGGGUACCGAUGGGUAAGCGCCGAAGAGUCAGCACAGGCUUCCAAGGAGGAGAAGGAAAGAUUUGAGAAGAUCAAGCGUGGAGAGAAGGUUGAUGAGGAGGAUGACGAUGAAGAUGAGGAAGAUCCGCAAGACUACCAGGAGAUCGAGGUCUUCCCAGGUGGUGAUGAGGUUGCUACUAUCAUUGCCGAAGACAUGUGGCAAAACGCCAUCAAGUACUACAAGGGCACCUUUGACGAGGACGAAGACGAUGAAGACCUCUCAGAUCUUGAUGUUAUGGAUGCCAGCGACGAUGAUGACGAUGACGAUGACCAAGAACCAGUCGAUAUCCGCGCGUUGGUGGGCAAGGGUCGCAAGUCAGGUCAGGAACCGCCUUCGAAAAAGCAGCGCAAGGCUUAA